UUGCCCCGUGAGGUGUUCCCCUGGGAUCUGUGAGACCAAGCGAGGGUGGCGCAGUUCCAGCAGGUGGAAUGCCUCCCCCUUCAAAGCGCAGUAGUUGGUGCUCGGCGCGCACACGGCUUCCAACCCCAACCCUUCGUCGAUGCGAGAAGCAGUGCGGCGGAGGGAGGAUGAGGAGAAGUCCAGAAAAUGGGACCCCACAUCUCUUAAAGCUGCAACUCUCUGCUGCUGCUGGAUUGUUUUUCCAAUGAUUCGGGAGAGAUCACAAACUUCGAGGCUUCAAUGAUGUUAUUCUCAGACUGGACUACCUCAGCCGUCAAUGUUGCGCUUCUGUUAGGAAUAACGUGUCUGACCGUCAUCUGCGAUCUCACUAAGGGCUCUCCGGACUUUUCAGGCUACCUGGCCAAAGUGUUGAGGAACUACACGGAGCAGGCCUGUGACGGAGACUUCCUGUCUGUUCGCUGUCCGCCUCGUACCACCAUAACCGUCCAAUCAGCUUUCUACGGUAGGAAAGGUCCCUAUGAUCCUCAACAGUGUCCUCAGACCUACCAGGCACUCCUGAGCUCCCAUCGUUCCCAGGAGGAUGAUCGAUAUUGUUCAGUGUCCACUGCACUACAGAAAAUGCUGGACGAGUGCCAAGACAGAAGGAGCUGUCAAGUCCUUGUCAACAGCCGUGUGUUUGGGACGGACCACUGUCCUGGCAGCAGUAAAUACCUCAUUGUCUGGUACAAAUGCAGACCUAAUGAGUAUAAAAGUAAGGUUGUCUGUGAGGAGGAAGAGAUGAAGCUCAACUGCAAACAGGGUAUGCAGAUUUCUGUUUACUCUGCCAUGUUUGGUCGAACUCAGCGAGGCACACUGGAGUGUCCCCCUCACUACAGGAGGGCCCCGUCAGUAGAUUGCCAGUCAGCCAAGGCCCUUCAGGUUCUCACAGCCCAUUGCCAGGGAAAGAAGAGCUGUCGGGUCAAAGCCUCCACCAGAGAAUUUGGUGAUCCAUGCUACGCCGGCACCAGGAAGUACCUCAGUGUCAUCUACACAUGUGUGCCAAAGAGGCUGUUCCAGGAGCCAAGCCACAGACCACCGGUGUACCACCCAUCCCCUGCCACCCGUGACCCCAAUGUAGUGGGAGACGGCCCUUCUGGGGGAAGCUCAGUCCAAAGCACUGUUCCAACUCGGAGCCCCAACAAGAAGAAACCAUCUGAAACCAGAACAGGCAGAGGAAACAGUCCGUCAGAGCCACCAGGCAUGGAUCCUGUGAUCAACUCCACUUCCAGAGCCAACAUGGCCCUCAUCAGCAAUGCCCUGGCGGUGUACACCUACAUAUCAGACCAUCCAGAAAGGGCCGCACUGUUCUUCGUCUGCGGCGUGUGUUUGGGCCUCUUCCUCACCCUCUUUGCCCUGGUGGUCCAGAUCUCCUGUCGCACGGACUGCCGUUCUCGCCAGCGACCGGCCGUCAAGAAGCCGCCGCGCCCCGCCCACUCGUCCUCGGACUCCAGCGACUCGGACUCGGACUGGGACACCACGUCGGACCUGUCGGCCCGGCGGCACCGGCGCUUUGAGCGCACGCUCAACAUGAACGUGUUCACGUCAGCGGAGGAGCUGGAGAGAGCCCAGAGGCUCGAAGAAAGGGAGCGAAUCAUACGGGAGAUCUGGAUGAACGGGCAGCCGGACAUCCCAGGGACACGGAGCCUCAAUCGCUACUACUGAGCGCCCGGCUUGGGUUGUUUUUUUUGUCGAAGGCUUUGCUCAAUUGAACUAAAUCCAGGAUGCACUUGGUAAAGAGGAUAGGGAGCAGGCAAGCCCCACAUGCAGCUUUGGAAGCAAGCAUACAAAAGCAGCUAUGGACUCUGAGAACAGAGGAACGUUUUGCAAGCUUGCAGGCAUAUUCCACUAAGUAUCAUAAGCUGUACCCCCUUCAAUCAAACAAUAAGCUUGCACUCUGCAUGGCAAGCUUACCUCACAGCUCAUCCUCCUGCGGGAAGCGAGGGGUAAAUGACUACACUGACUCUCCGUUGACCUCAGCAGGCCCUUUUGAAGUGGCAAUUUAUGGGCAGUGGUUAGCUGCCUUGGACAUACGCAGGCCUGCAGAGACUACAUGGAGACUGAAGGACCACAGCCUCAGAGGGGUCUUUUCUACGCAGAAAAACACACGGCAGCUGGAGGAGACUGUGAAACGUCGAGCUUUAUGCUCUGUACUCUCCAGUAUUCAGUAGGAUUUUUUAACACACAACAACAACGGUGCGCUUGACAAUGAGAUGAAUUGAGACAAUCUUUCCACCGUGAACCAUUGCUGCCUUUGAGCUUCUUAAAACCAAAAGAUUUUGUGUGCGUCUGUGUGUGUGCAGGGGAUUCAUCUCGAUCCUUAUGAAAUAUAUUUUAUAAUAUUUAAUAGAUAUUGACGUUGCGUACAUUUUGUUCACAAGUAUGGUUUAUUUUGAAAUAUUUUUUUACUCGGCAAAAGUUGUCUGGCACACCUCAGGGAUGCAAUCCUAGUGUUUCUGUGUUUGGCUGAUUUGCUUUCUUCCUCAGAGGGGGGUCAUCGGCAGACCAAAUAAAUUCUUUUUUCAAGGCAUUGAAAACAAAGAAAUAGAAAUAUGAUGCAAAGAGCCUCCAAGAGGUUUUUAGUGAUUUAUAACCUUAUUUUUGAUACAGUAAUUCAGAGUGCCGUGGCAUUUUUUUUUACCCAUUAAAGAAACAGUUGGUCGAAGUUGUUCAAUGUUUUAUCCAGGUAAGCUAAUUAAUUGGAAAUACUGCAUCUGCAUUCCACUUUCACAAUACAAUUGCAAUGGUAAACUAAAGCUAGUGUCAAAUUUUAAUGUUUCUAUAAAAUAUUGCACUUGCCAUGUACUCUGAUGGAAAUAGACAUUACAAGAAUAUGCCAGUUUUGUUCCAGUGGUUUUGCCUGAAAUGUUGUUGUUGUUUUUUUGUUUUUUUUUGUUUGUUUUUUUAGUUUCUUGCUUUUAGUCCUCACUCCUCAAAGAUUGUGUGGACUGCAGGGCUACUGCCAAUCAGGGCCUUAUUUUAAAGCUAGGGGUCCUAUUCAGAUGUUUGUGGCCCACUCAGUGCUAUCUGAAGAAGGAACCAGCUCCGCACAAUAAACAAGUACAGGUGCAUGGGAGUAAAUUAGAAUGCCAUAGAAAAGUUAAUUUAUUUAAGUCAUCCCAUUCAAAAAGGGAAACUUAUAAUUUAUGUAGAUUAAUUACACAAAGAACAACUUUUUUCAAACAUUUAUCUCUGUUAAUUUGGAUUAUUAUGAUUUACAGCAGAUAGAAACAGAAAAUUCCAUUUCCUCAGAAAAUUUUCAGAACAGAUGAGGCUAAUAAAAUCCGACUCUUUUUUUCAUGCAAUGGCUUAUACAAUUGUGGGAAUGACUGUGCAGUUACUGUUGUGUCCAGUUACUGUUGUGUCCCGUCAUACUGAUACAAACCUCUGUGGAGGGAAAAGGUGUGUUAGAAAAAGGGGCGCAACCAAAGUGGGUAGCCGCAGCCUUAAGAGAACCUUGAAGCGAAGCCCUUUUUACAGUUUAGGGAACAAGCUUAACAAGCAUAACCCUUUGAUUUUGAAUUGAAUUACUGUAAUAAAUUAACUGUUGUUGAUAUUCUAAUUUAUUGAAAUGCACCUUUACCCAGCUGACAUGUGAUAGUGCUUUUGUUUUCCAAUAACAUUGCCAGUUUGAUAACAUAAGCUACUGCCAGAUUCAUUAGGGCUUUGUAAUCUUUUGAAAGAUCUUAGUCACAGAACACAGAACAUUUCAGAAUCAUUCUUGUAAAGGAACAUUUUUUUAUCUGGACUAUUGUUGCUAUGUGGGAAAUAAAUUAAGCUUUGCAUUCUGUAAGACUAAAAUUGAUCUGUGCCUGAAAUAAACUGUGUUCAAAUUAAGCA